AUGGGGCCGCGGCACCUGCUGCUGCCGCUGCUCCUGCUCUCCCUGCAGCUCCUGGCCCUGCUGCCGGCCGCGCAGGCGGCCGGGCCCCCCCGCGCCAAGGGCAACCGGACCCAGGGGGCGGCGGCUCCGCGGCGGACCCCCAAGCCGGGCAAGGAGCUCCUCAACCAGACGCUGGCGGGCCCGGGGGCGGCCGCCCCCACGGCGCUGCCCGGGCGAGGGAAGGGCGCGGGGGGCGGCAAGACGCCCCCCGGAGGCGGCGGCGGCGGCGGGAGCUCGGCACCGGCGCACGAGACGUGCUGGGGGUACUACGACGUGAGCGGGCAGUGGGACAAGGAGUUCGAGUGCAACAACAGCCUUACGGGCUUCCGCUACUGCUGCGGCACCUGCUUCUACCGCUUCUGCUGCAACAAGCGCGCCGAGAAGCUCAACCAGAGCCUGUGCCGCAACUACAAGAGCCCCGAGUGGGCCCACCCCACCACCGCCAGCGGCGCGCUGCCCGCCGACGGCAGCAACGGCGCCGACGGGGACGCCAACAAGUACGACCCAGACAAGGACAGCACCAACGCCACCGUCUACAUCUCGUGCGGGGCCAUCGCCUUUGUGCUCAUCGCCGGUGUCUUUGCUAAGGUGGCCUACGACAAGGCGCGGCGCCCGCCGCGGGAGAUGAACAUACACAGGGCUCUGGCUGACAUCUUAAGGCAGCAGGGACCAAUCCCAAUAGCACACUGUGAAAGAGAAACUAUCUCGGCCAUAGAUACCUCCCCCAAAGAAAACACUCCAGUCCGGACAUCUUCCAAAAACCAUUACACCCCUGUGCGCACCUCCAAGAGCAAUGCAGGUCACUAUGGAAAGGAUAUUUAUCGAAGUGGAGGGCCAGAUCUCCAUAAUUUCAUCUCCUCCGGGUUUGUCACGUUAGGACGAGGACACACGAAGGAUGACCAAGAACAAAAUUAUAAUCACCUGAUACUAAACAGUGCCACCCAGACACCUACACAUGACAAGCCACGGAUGAACAACAUCCUUACUUCUGCCACCGAACCUUACGAUCUGUCCUUCUCCCGGUCCUUCCAGAACCUCUCUCACCUCCCACCAUCCUACGAGUCUGCCGUCAAGACAAACCCAAGUAAAUAUUCUUCUCUGAAGAGACUAACUGACAAAGAGGCUGAUGAGUACUACAUGAGGAGGAGACACCUGCCUGACCUGGCAGCCCGGGGCACGCUCCCCAUCAACGUCAUCAAAAUGUCUCAACAGACCAACCACAGGGACAGGCCCCGCCGUCCCAUCAGGGCCAUGUCCCAGGACAGGGUGCUGUCCCCUGAGAGGAUCAUGCCUGAGGAGUUUAGCAUGUCCUAUGAACGGAUCCUCUCAGAUGAACAGCUUCUGUCUGCGGAGCGUCUCCACUCCCAGGACCCUCUGCUCUCCCCGGAGCGGUCGGGAUACCCCGAGCAGUCCAUGUCGCGGGCAUUGUCACACACAGACGUCUUUGUUUCAACACCUGUCUUGGAUCGCUACAGGAUGACAAAAAUGCACUCCCAUCCUAGUGCCUCAAAUAACUUGUACAAUACCUUAGGGAUGAACCCAACAUCCGCCAAGCGCCAAGCGUUCGCCUCCCGACGGCACAACACGGUAGAACAACUGCAUUAUAUUCCAGGACACCACCACCACUACCGCACAGCGAGCAAAACAGAGGUGACUGUUUGAUAUGACCUCGAGCAUUGUAGAUAUUCAUUAAGGACUGGGGUGGCCACAGCACCCCGUACUGCAGUGGCCUUAUAGGCCAAGAUAACCUCUAAUAACUCAGUGUCUGAAAAGAUUUCUCUGACAGUCCCAUCCACGUUGUUUUUAAAGCCGCCUUCUACAUCGAUUACAUAAGAAGAACCCAACCAAACUGAAAAUAGUGAGGGAUAAUGGAGGAAACUUCCUGACGUGCAUCAGUUUCUGUCAAAGAAAGCCAUAGUAAGUAGAUGGCUCCUUCCAAGGGCUCACCUACAUUCUCUGAUUAUUUUUAUCAAUUUAAGACUUCUCAAUUGCUACAAGCAGAACCAGUCUCAUGCAGCCCUUGACAGGGAGGAGGAAAUGCAGCGCUCCAUCCUGGCAGGAAGGGGCCCUGUUCUCAUCCCUCAUGUCAGUCCUCACAGUUGACCUUUCAGUAGCAAGUAGGUCAGCUUCUGGCAGCUGGGGAUCACCUCCAGACCACUCAGUACCAGCCAGCACCCAUCCAUCUGUUCUUCCUCACCCUUGGAACAAAUUCAAGGGCAGACUUUCCUAAGGGACUGGCAGAUCUAGGGACAAGAAUAGCCUGGCUGAGAAAUAAAGAUUUAGUUUAUAUUAAAUAUACUCAUAAGAUAAAAAUAUACUAGUGCCUACAAAUCGCCUGCUCUCUCAGUGUAGGAAGUAGUGGGGUUGAUGUGUUCAAUAAGCACAAAUAUACUGAAAUGCUUGUUAGACCCCUUCUCCACUCAUUCUAGUAUCUUACUGUCUCCAACAUGUAAAUAGGAAGGAGGAACAGCCUAUCUCUCCUCCAGCUUCUAGCCACUGCUGAGGCUCUAGUGCCAGAAUUUGUUCAGCUUCACCCUGCCGACCUGUGCUGGGGGCAGUGCUGACUCCACCAACACCCCUGCCAGGAAAGGCUACCGUGGGUUUCAUCUGAACGUCACCCCAGGAGUCUUUUUUCCUGAUAGCAUUUUCCACCAGCCCAAUUCCCGUUUCCCAACAUGUUUCUUUCUUUUAGUUGCAACCUAGAACUCUGUAUGUAGCAAAUCUCUUUCCAGACCUUAGCAGAAGCUCAAAGCUGAGAGUGCCUGUCUACAGAAAAGCAAGUUGUUAAUUUUCCAUGGCUGUCUCACCAUAUAAUGGCCCAAAAAGAAACCUUCCAAAUUCCAAUUCCACUGAGUCCCAGUUCUAACCAUGCAGACAGUUCCAUUUCAUGCAUAUAAAUUAUAUAUCCAGCAUAAUUAUAAUAAACGGGCAUGUUGUAUAUCUGAUAUAACGGUAAUUAGAUAAUGUAUAUUUGUAAAUUCUUUUAAGAAUAGACUCGUGGGCCCAGAAUUUGUGAGGGUUUUAUCUCUGGCUUUCUACACAGAUUGGGAUCUGCUCUGGAUUUUUUUGUCGUUCCUUUUUUAUUAUUAUUAUUUGUUUUCCUUUUAUUUGUGCUCCUUUGAAAUCCUGCGGAACCAACUCACACUAGAACCUUCUUUGGCCAGGAAGGGGUCUCCGGUUCCGAAGACCCCAGCCCCAGUGCUGUAGCUGCAGUGGUGCUGGGCACUACCCAGCAAUUCCUGUCCAUGCUGUGAACUCAGAGCCCCAGCACAUGCACACACCCAUGCACCAAUCCAAAGGACAGGCAUCAUCCCUCCUUGGGGUAGAAGGAUGACUUUAGAUUGUAAACGCAUUUCCAUAUGGCACAUCUCUCUCACAUCCUCACCCUGAUUCAUUUUCUACUUGUUCUUCAGCAAACUGUCUAAAUUAGCUCUCUUCUCCUCCUCCCCACAAAUACCUCCCGCCUCCUGGCCUUAAUGAUGUUCCCAGCUCAAUACUGCAUACAUUGAUUGUAGGUUGUGAGCUUGAGUCUUGUGCAGGGGCUCGUGAUGCAGCACCUGGUUCUUCUGGUGCAGGACAGGCAGGAGGAGCAUGCUGUCUAUUCCAGGUGACUUCAGAAAUAGGCUUCAGUGGGGUGGCCAUGUUGGCUUUCACUGUGAUAGUUUUCAAAAGGGAGCCAAGGCCCUUCUCUUUCCCCGACCACGCUGGGGUUACUGCUCCUUAGUUCAUGGGCUUUCUUCCUCAGCUGAUGGAGACUGUGUUUAGAAUAGACUCCAUCUGAGAGAAGUACUGGGGCUUUGUUUGACGGAAACUGAGCUGGAAAGGAACAAAUAAGAGCCUAUGUGAUCUAAGUGGCCAUUACCAUGCAGCCUUGGGCAAAACAGAACUGUGCAUGGAUCAGGGUGGAAGUUCAGUGGUGUGGGAGGGACAAGUGAGAAAAGGCUCACACCUCAUCUUCUGACCCUUUGCUUUGAUGGACACUCCUCUCCCCUGACUACCUCCAAGCUCCUCAGUUCAGUCAUGGGAUAUUUCUUCACAGGGUGCACAUCACUGUGCAAACAUUGGCCUUGCUGACUUACUUCCUUGCAGCCAGAAGUUUGUGACUGAUUUGAAGAGAAAUGCACAUGACUGACAGGGAGGCAGUCCCUGCUAAGUUUCCAGGGCUCUUCCACUCAUUUUUGUCCCAGACAAAGCCAGGACCUUCCCCUCUGCAAGCAGAGAGAUGUGAACACUGUGGGAGAGGAGAGUCCACCCCAAAGUCUGCAGGAGCUGAGGUGGCAGAGCUGGAGGAGCAGAGGCGACCGUGUGAGGCUAUGGGUAGGUCAACACUGUUUCUAUCUCCUUAGCUGUUUGUCCCAAGCUCUCAUCUUUGUCUAAGUGUUCAGUUUGUCAACUAAAAGCUGCUGGACCAGAUGCAGAUACGGAAGCUUUCCACACAAGUAGCCCAUGCUAUGCUGUGCCCCAGGCCUUUUGACCUCAGAGCCUUCUCUUAUUCUGACUGACCAACAUCACAGGCCUUCUGCUAACUUGUCAAUAAUCCUCCAAAGAAAUCUUGUCCCCGUCUCCUCACCUCUUCCACCCACACAACAGUUUGAAGCAGAUGUGUCCCAUCAGAACCAUCUAACAGCCUUUCUAGGCCAAAUUUCCCCUGAGACUGCCACUACCACAGACAAUUUUCAGCCCAUUUCUUUCAGAAGGCACCAAGGCCCAAAUGGCUGCAACUUCUUCUGGGCACUGUGCGUUCCCUUGGUUUGCACUGUGUGUUGGAAUGGGUUGGUAGCUGGAGUAGUGGCAAUUCAGCACAUACAGGUGUUCUUACAUGAUUUUAUUCCUUCUGAGAGUUUGUCACCAAAAUGGCACUUGGUCCAAGACUGGGAGUCAUGGUACACCAUCUUGUCCCCAGCAUUUCUGUUUUCUGUGGUCAACACACAAUGAUAAUAGCAACACUUUCCUAUUCCAUGGAGGCAUUAUGAGGGUUCAUAACAUAAUGUCUUUGAAGUGCUUUGAGACCCUCUCACAACAGACACUGUAGAAGAGAAAAAACAUUUUUAUUACUGUUGUUUGUCACCACUGUCCUGCCACAUCGUGUCUGAUGUGUUGCAAUCCAGUCUGUCCAGAAUGAGAGUGCUGGGGUAGGGGGAUGCAGCCCCCCAGACUUCACACUGCUUUCCUUCUGGUCAUGGUCCCACCAGCAGGCAGCAGCUCUGAGGAACGCUGUUACCUGCACUGUGACUUUUCUGCUUUCUCCUCUUGUCUGAGUCCCCAUUUCAUUCUGCACUCAGGACAAAAGCAGUAAGCAGUCACAUUCCUCUGUACAGUAAAAUAUGAUCUGCCUUGAUUAAUCUAAUAUACUCUGAAGAAUUGAUCUGUCUUUCUCUCCAACUCACAGGUGAAAACACAUCUGUGGAGCAUCCAGUUCCAAGCGUGCAUGUGCAGGGACUGGGGGAGGGUGAUGUAGAAAGGUUUAUAUUCUUUCCUACAAACUGGUAAUUAUUUGCAUUCCCCAAGCAGUGACACUUAAUAGUGAGCUGCACUGGGUUUUAUAUAAUUACAUACAAAUAUCUCAUUGAUACUGAUACAUGUAUGUUUAUGGGUCUACUCAUAAACACACAUAUACACGUACAUACUGUAAAAUGCAGUCGUAAAGUUCUAAUUGACCCUGUAUCAAUCUAAGCUUCAAAGAUGUAUUGACCCACUCUUUGAAAUCACAGAAUCACAGAAAUGUGGAAAACUGUUUUUAAUGAACCGUGCAGAUGACCAUACGGAACAGAAAUUUUGUCACGGAAGACUUCUAAUGACAGUGAAUUGCAUUUUAAGGAAAAACAAAAUAUUUUUCGGUGUUUUAAUGUUCCUUUUAUAAACGAUAUUCUCUUUCUUGGGGAUGGGGUGGGUGGGAGAAAAAGUUAUGCAGAAAUAAGCCCUUCUUUCCUGGCCUAGAUUUAUGUUCUGCUAACCUGGCUGGCUGCAGUGCUAAUCCCAUAAAUCUGGGCUUCGAGCAUGCGUAUUUCUGUGCUUUUGUCUACCAGAAGCUUUCUCACCAGAAGUCUGCAAGAGCCUGGCAUCGAGUUUUUGUAAGAGAAGUGUAGGUCCUAAUAGCCGGGAAGAUUUCUUCAUCUUCUUCCUCCACAUCAAACAAAAUCACCAUGAAACAGGGUAACCAUAAUUGUAUUUGAAGUAAGCAUUCUAGUUUGUUAACAAUUUGCCAUCUGCAGUUCAUGUGAUGGAGAAGUAGCUUUGUUUUGUUUCAACCUCAGCUGAAAUAUAUUUAACAUAUACAGAUUUCAUGUUCAAGUGUAUUUCAGUCGAGUAAGAAGUUAGUAGGGGGAAUAUGUGAGCAGGAGGCUGAAAUAUUUUUCCUACAAAGUGUUGCUAGCAAUAAGCCUGUGCUGGGGUUGCUUCUUAGAGAAUGGUCGUUCGUGUGUUGCGUGCCUGUGAGCAGAUGGUGGAAGGUGCUGCUCACAGCCUCUCCUAACUGGCUCAAGGCUGCCAAGGAGGUGCCCUCAACGAGCCCAGAUCCCACUUGGGAAAACCAACCUACACUUCACCUUCCGGGGGUGAGGAGAGAGUCGGACCGAUGACAUGAGCAUGUCGGAAUAAAUCUGGAAAUGGAAUCUCAGCAGCGAGCAAGGCAACGUGUCGUGUCUCCACCAUGACCUGUGAUGUCCAGGAGGUCUCGGCCGGAGGAGACGCGUGUUGCCCCAUCCCCACCCUCUGCCCAUGUGCUUCGUAUCCACUCCCAACCUUCUGUCUGUAAAUCUGUUAGGCAUUUUUGUAGCAAGAAUUUCUUGGCUCUGAGAAAGACAACUUCUUACUGUAAUAUUUUUAGUUUGGGGGACAAUAUUUCCUAAGAGGGGUUAAGUGGAUAUUUUUGUGCUUUAGCCCAGUUUAUGGAUUCCAUGUUUAUUAUACAGUAGUACUGAAGAGGAAGUACAUUUGUAUCUAUAACUUUGCACAGACUCUUGGUUAACCAUUAAAGAGGCUUCAAGAUGACCAGUAUUUGACUGUUUUUCUCUGUAUUAUUCUUGUUGUUAUACUUACCCGUAAAAGCACAUUCUGUAUGUACUGUAAACAAAAAUAUUAUCAGUUUAGUAAAAUUUAGUCUUAAGGAUUUUUCCACUUUUGUCAGUAACAAAUAUUUAUGGAUUCAAAAAUAAAGGCAAUUUCAACAUAUAAAUUGUUUCCUUUUGAUAUCUAUUGGGGAAAAAUAAAAGGCCAUUUUCCUGGCAGCCUUCCCAACCUUUGUAACCAGCGUUUGAAAGGUAGAUAUCUAUAUUUCUGUGUGUACUUAAAUAGCAUCUAUUAAAAUGAAAGCUACAAGGUC